GUAGAAAAGCGAUUUGUUGUUUUCUCAUCUCGACAUCUCGAUGCGCCAAACAAGAAAGCAAGCUGGUAAUGUCGGCGUGAGCCCAAUGUAGUCAAACAGGAAGAGUUUUUAUAGAAUAUCUGCUGGAUUACGCAAAUAGUGAGGUGCAUUUUUACUUGUUUACGAAUGCACUGAAGUGUCUGAAGCGACCUGUUCAGCAUGAGUGAAGGAGAAACUACUUCUUUGGCUUUGCCGGACCAGAUGUUACCAGUGGAACAGUCAAAACAGGAAGAGACGUUGCUACCUCAAGGAAAAACUGUUGAAUCUGAUGCUGAAAAAUCAGAUUCUGGUAUGGAUGAGGAAUCAUUUCUUCAGUCACAAGGAUCAGCAGAUUCUGAUGAGGAGGUGAUCAGCCGCAAAAAGUCGGCUAGAAAAAGCAAGAUGAUCAUUGAUGAUGAAGAUGAUGAACCAGAAGUUGGAAAAGAGCUUGAUGAUGAGGAGGAAACAACAGCACCCAGUGGUCACUCACAGGACGGUCUCCCCUCCCAGGACUCAGAGUCCAAGGAUACUUCAGAGGCUGAAGAUAACAAUACUGAGGAAACCAGCGACUCAAUGGGGCUACACUUUAACCUUCAGAAUAAUGACAUUUUUGACGCAGAAUCAUCUGAUGAUGAUGAUGGUUUCCCUGGGCCAGCUGAGAAAGCAAAGUCUGGUUCCAGUCAACAGGAAGAAGAAGAAGAAGAUGCAGAUAAUGGGGCUUCAGAUGAGGAAGAGCCAGAAAACAGUGGAGAUGAAGGUUUUGAUGAGAGUCAAGUGGAUCCUGAACUUCUUAAAAAGUUAAAGAAAAUGAAGGGAGCAGGAAAAUCCGAAAAGCAAAGAGAAAAGCACAGCAGAAAAGCGAAACCAACUGCUGAGAAAAUGCUUGAAAUUUUCAGUGAAUCGCAAAGACUUCUCAGAGACAGCAGGGUAAAUCUUCCCUAUUAUGAGCCUCAAGCCAAGUCCCUUGAUGAUUUCCUAGCUCGAGCUUCUAAGAAGAAACAGGAGUAUGCAGCACUGAGAAGGCCAAAAGACUUUCUGAAAGCACAGAUUAUUCAUGAGAAGCUGUCAAUAACGCCUCCAAAGCUGGAACAACUGCCAAAGAAACAGAAGAAAAGUUCUCGAGGUCCCGAACUCAAAGAGUCAACGGAAACUUGUACGUCCUCAAACGAGACACAGGUUUUGUCUUGUGAUGAUUCCGGUGUCAAUUCACAAGAACUCUUGCAGCCCAGUACUCUUGAACUUGAGUUGGACACUCAGGCUCUGCCCUCCCAAGCUCCAGCUAAUGAGACUUCCUGUGAUGAAGAUGAUCAAUUACCUGACCUUGUUCCUUCUCAUAGAUCAGACAUAUCUCAACUACUUUCUGACAAUACCAAGAAUUCUUUGUUCAGUGAAAAUGACAAACGAGACUGUUCUGAAGAUAUUUCAGGGCCUAAAGAUUCUCUUUCUUUGCAAAACGAACCUUGUGAUUCCAUGUUAAAGGUUGGUUCUGAUGUUUCUAGUAGUGCACAGUGUGAACCUAAAGAUAGAGAUCUACUUUUCUCUGUGUCGUCCUUAUCCAAAGAUCCAUCUAGAGAUUUGUUCAGAUCUCAGAGCUCAGUUGGGGAAAUGAGUGGCCAGCACCAGCUUGCAGGAAGUGCAGACGACUUUUGUGAAACGACUGUCACCAGAGGCAAACACUGUACAGAAGAGCCACUCGAAGAUCAGGACCAUGGACAGACAAUGGUCAAAGAGUCACUUGAUCAACAAAAUUAUGGACAGACUGAAGCCUCCAGUCCUUCACAAACGGCAGAAGCAUUGGCAGAUAACACCUCACAGCCUAGGAAACGUUUGUUUGACAAAUUUCAAGGUCUGGCACUGCCUGCCUCUCCGUGUCUGAAAGGCACACCAGAUGAGGUGAUCUGUCUGGAUGAGCCAUCUCCACAAGCCACCCCCAAGAACACUGGCCUGCAGAAGUUGCUGGAUAGAUUAGCACAGCACUCAAAGAAAAGAACACCAAGGCCAGCGAAAGACGUGAAUAUCAGCAUUGUGGAAAAGGAAGGAGAAGCUGGUGAAAAGAAAGAACUGAAGCUCAAAUCUUUCACCUAUCAUGUUCAAGAAGAGGAGUCAGUGCUAGAUGAAAGUGGAACAGGUUCAAAAUUGUCGUUGCUGAAAAGACAACUUGGUCAGGGUAUGAGGAAGAAGCGGGCUGAGGCCCUGCACAAAAGGCAGCAGCUCUAUGCCCUGGAGAAUGAAGAAGGUUUUGAGAAAGCGAAGGAUGACAAUGAAUUCGAUGAGGAAGAAGAAGAAGCUGAAAUGACAGACGGGUCAGAUACAGAUGGAGAGAGUGAAGAGGAUGACCUUGAGCUUCAGUUUGGGCACAUGAAUGAGGAUUCCGAUGAUGGAAAAGAUUAUAACCCUCUCCUGGAUACAGAAGCAAAGGAUGAUGAGGAUGAAGCUGAGUAUGCUAGCAACUUUGACGAAGACUCAAAUGAUGUGCACCUGCGUCUUGAUAUGUCGGAUGAAGAAGCCGAGGAUGAACCAGAGGAGGAGGAUGACAAGAGCGGAUCAGAGGAAGAGAACAGAGACAGUGACGUUGAUGACUUUGGUUUGAUGAGCCAGAAGAAAAAGAAAACGAAGCAUGCCCUGAUAGCGAGUGAUGAUGAGGAUGAGACUGAGGAUAAAUCUUGUGAAGAUGAGACAACUACCAGUGAUCUGAACAAAGUCAAAGAUGUGCCGCUGUUUCCUGACUUGUGGAGUGAUGAGCUCAGCCCAAUGACCAAACACCUUCAAGACACACAGACUCAGGAGAGGAGAAAGUACCGGUCAGAUUCCCGUUCCCCAGACCUGUACAGCAUGGCAGAUGAGAGUGAGUCUCCCUCUGGGCAGAAUUUUGAUCACCUGAACGAUUCUUCACAGUCAAUCGGAUCUUACAACCCUCACUCUCAAUUUUUAGAUGCCGACGGGUACAUCAAAGUGGCUCAAACUCAGAAGCCAAGGUCACGAAUAGCUCAGUUAGCACAAAACAGUGGUGGAGAUGGCUCGGCCUUUGGUUCCAGCUUCCCGAUGACUGCUGGUGCUUUGUUCAAGGGUAGCCAAGCUGGCGCUGAUGAAAUUUCUGCCACAGCAAUAUUUCAGGGAUCAGGCAGUCAGGUUGAUGGUGGGGAAAUUACAGCCUCUGCCUUAUUCCGAGGAUCUGCCAGUCAAGAGCAGCCGGACGCAAACAUGCAAGAACUUAUGGGCCUCUGCUCUGGGACUUUUGGACAAGAUUCUCUGAGUGAGGAUGCUUUCCCAGUGUCUCAAAAUAGGAGAGAUCAUACUCCAGGCUUUAACACCAGUGAGAAAAAAGUUGACAAGGACACAGAUGAUCCGUUUGACAUUCUCUCUGAUCUUGAAGAGGAGGAGGAUACUACACAGCAGAAAUGGAAAAAGCGUGUCCUCUCUGACACUGAGGAUGAGGCCGGUGAUGAGGAGGAGGAUGAGGCUGCCUCAGAUACGGAGGAUGUUGUCUCGGAAGCUAAAUUUACUGGAUUCAAGAACAAGAAGAAAGGCAUCCGGAGAGAGUUUGUGGAAGAGGAGGCUGAGCUAUCAGGUAGUGAAUACGACAGUGAUGAGAAUGAUGACCUUGCGGAGGAGGACGACAUUCUAGAGGAAGAGGCUGGAGACAGAGACAUGGCUGGUGUGUCUGAGGAGGCCCUCAGAAAUCAAGUUGGCAGAGUGCACAUGAAACGGCUUCAGGAUGAUGAUGACCGAGAAGUGAUGCGGUUUAAAGAGAUGUACUUACAAGAUGGUGACUUGUACUCAGAAGGCGGAGGAAGAAUGAGGAAUUUUAGAUGGAAAGAUAUGGAUGAAGCGUCUCAGCAAGAUAUGUUUGGGGACGAGUCAGACCAUGAGCAGCCAGAGGAAGAAAACGAUGAAGCUCAAUGGAGAAAGGACAGGAUGGAGAGAGAAAAAUUUCUGGAAGAAAGUCAAAGUAAUGAUGGUGGAAACAAUAACUUCUUAAAGAUGGGGAAAAUCCUACUGACAAAAGAGCCCUCAUUGCCUUUAGCAGAACAAGAGCCCACCUGUAAAUCUGCGGCACUUCCCUCACAACCGAAACCAAAGCUGGCAAAGAAAGGUUCAUUCCUGGCUCGGAGCAAGGAGGCCUUGGUCAAAAUUGCUCAAGUUGCUAAGGGGGCGUUUGGGGGCAAGUCCUCUGGGAAGGCAAAAGCGUUCGUCUUCCAUGCUGUUGAUAAUUCAGAAAACCAGAAUGAAAAUGAAGCAAACCUGCUGAAACUUUUCCUAUUUCAGCCACCUCAGCCAUUCCAGCCUCCGAAGCGAAAAGCUAGAGAUGUGCCUAAAGGUCAUAUUCAAGCCGCAAAAAAGCAGAAGAUGGCAUCAGAAUCUCCCAGCAAACCUGAGAUCAAGCGACAAAACAGUAUUUUUAAUUUAUUAGAAAAAAAAUGAUGCUGUUAAACUGUUGAAGGCAACAUUCAAAUGCGUUGAGUUAUUGGACUUCAAUCUAUCAUUGCAUUUUCUGUGAAGAAAAUAAACAAGACUUUAUAGGCAAAAGAGAGACAGAAUUAUGAUAGCAUUCCUGAGGUUGAUACACUUGUAAAUUUUGUACAGCAUUGUUUGCAACUGAUGAUGCCUUUGGCUUGAAUUGAAGUUCAGCACUAGGAAAACAUUCUUGCCUGUAUCACAGUAUCAGUCUCUUAUUUAAGAUAAUAGAUUUAUGGCAUUUACUUAUUACUUCUCGGGAAGUGUGUUUUUCAAUUUUGCGUUAAAGCAGAAGGGAGGUGAAUGUUUGAAUGGUGUAAAAAAUCAUUCAUUGCAUUCCCAAAAAUAUAGUUGAAAAUUGGGCUAGUAUGACCUUCAGGCUGAGAUACAGAGCUUAUGUAAAUUCCAUGUAUUGGCUACCAAACUUCCUAUGACAAUUUUGAGGUCAGAUUUUUAGCCAUUAUUUUUAUUUUCACUUUAGAGUGUUUAGUGGGUUUGAUUUUGAUUGUAUGUAUAACAACUUGGAGGAAAGUGAGCACAAUGUUUUUGUUCACCCUGUAAAACAGGGUCAAAUGGCAUUACCCUUUAAUUUUAUUGCGAUGGUUUGAACAAUACUUGAAAAUAAAUCCUUAAUCUUCUUGCUUUGCCCUUCCAAUAGUAAAUGAUUGUCUAUUUUGGCAUGUGCCAUUAUAUUCUGUUGUGUAUGGGAAGAGUUGAGUAUUCCAGGUUCACUGUUAAAUUAUUUUAUCACAAGCUUGUACAUUUUGACUGCAGCCAUUUUCCUUGUACAAGAGUGAAUAGCCCACUCUGACAUUUUUGUGUGUACUGUUCACUUGCAUUUGAUGACCAUUAUUGUUGUAAUUUAUAUUGAUGCAAUUGCUUUAUUGUUACUUUCAAAUCAAUAAAUUUUCACCUAUAAACUUCA